GUGGAUAGAAACGUGCCUGUUGUUAUUGACCUAACUCAGAAAAAUGCAACUUCGGAAAUUAGCAAGUCUAUUGCAAUGCAAUUUCCAUCAGAUGCUGUUGAAGGAUCAAAGAUGGCACGAUUCGAUGUAAUUGGGGACUUAAUGGGUCCAGCACUUGCUAACUUGAACUCUCUUAUACGUAUGCCUUACGGUUGUGGUGAACAAAAUAUGAUAAAUUUUGUUCCAAAUAUUGCUGUACUCGGCUACUUAAAAGUUACCAAGCAGUCAAGAAGUGGAUUAGAGGCAAAGGCUAAGAAAUAUAUGGAAUCAGGUUAUCAGCGCGAACUUACUUAUAGGAGAUCCGACCACUCAUUUUCCGCAUUUGGUGAAAGUGAUAAGCAUGGAUCAACGUGGCUUACAGCAUUUGUUGUUCGAUCAUUCAAACAAGCACAAAAGUUUAUAUUUGUUGAUGACAGCGUAAUCAAAAGUUCUAUCGCAUUUCUUAACUCACAACAACAACAAGAAAAUGGUGCAUUCGCAGAAAGAGGCGAAAUUCAUCACAAAGGAAUGCAAGGUGGUGCUGCGGAAGGUGGCGUACCUCUUACUGCAUAUGUAUAUGCUGCUUUACUUGAAAAUGGGGUUCGAAAUGAAAAAGCACAGCAUUAUUUGGAGCAACACCUGGAAGAAAUUAAAAAUGACCCAUACUCACUGGCUAUUGUGGCUUAUGUAUUUCAUUUGGCUAAUAGCUCGAAAAAAGAAGAAGCUCUGAAACUGCUGGAUGCUCACAAAAAGCAAAAUAAUGAUGGCACAUAUUGGACAACGAAAAGUCAACCUGAAAAACCAAAAGAUACUCAACAAUACUUCUAUCAACCAAAACCAGCGGAUGUGGAGAUGACAUCUUAUGUUUUACUCACUUAUAUGCUCCGAGAUGAUACUGUAAGUGCCGUUCCAGUGGUACGAUGGUUAAGUUCACAACGGAAUGCACUCGGUGGUUUUAGCAGUACUCAGGAUACAGUAAUGGCUUUGCAAGCGUUAGCCGCUUAUGCAGGCAAAGCAUACUCUCCAUCCCUUAAUAUCAGUUUAACUAUGAAAAGUGGUGCUGAUGAACAAAACUUUGAAAUUACACAUGAAAAUUCAAUUGUAUUACAAGGUUAUCAGCUCAAAAAUUUCGAUGACAAAUUAGAAUUACAAGCUAAAGGCAAUGGUAUUGCUUUUGCGCAGUUACAGUACUCAUACCAUCGUGUUUCUACCAAAGAUAAUUUACCUUUUUAUUGUACAAAAGAAGUUCGUGAACAUCGUAAUGGUAAUCGACUACAGCUUGACUUAUGUUGCAAUUACACAAAACCUGGUGCACGUUCUAAUAUGGCAGUAGCAGAAGUAGAUGCUUUAUCAGGAUUUCGGUUUGACAGCGAACAGUUGGACAAUCUCCAAGUAAUUAGCGACUUGCAGAGAGCUGAAUUAGACAGGGAUGACACUAGAAUAAAUUUAUACUUCAAUCCUAUCGGUUCGUCUCCUGUUUGCUUGUCACUGUACAGUGAUAUGGUUUAUCAGAUUUCAGAACAGAAACCUGCACAAGUUGUACUUUUUGAUUAUUAUGACCCUGAGCAGCAGAUAAAAACAUCUUACUUAACUAAACAACAGCGAUCACUGCAAGAUGCAUGUUCAGAGUGCUGGCCAUCACCGGACAUGACUGAAAAAAGUUCAGGUAUAUUAGCCAUGCAGGCACAAGCCAGUCUAAUAUUGCCCUCAAUACAUUUAUUGUAUAUUGUUGUUUGUUUUGCUUUACUAUUAUUACAUUCAAUCUAA